AUGCUAUGGAGAUAUGUAUGUUACUUGUUACUGACGGUUUUUGCGGUUCCGUGUUGCUGCUUUGAUUUGUUUCUCGAUGAGAACCUGAUGGCCAGUGAUACCGUCACUGGCAAUGAUAACAGUUCUGAUUCUGCUUCAUUGCAAGAAUGGGCACCUGUUUCAGCUUCACUAGUAAAGGGUCAGAAAUCAUAUUUCGAAUUUUCUAUCAACAAUACAGAUUCUUUCUCACAAUUACUACAGACAUAUGAGAUGUUCAUCUUUUUAAGUGCAAAUAUCUGUGAACGGCCUAGUAAAGUUGAUAACGAUACAUCUUUGGUCUUGUACUAUACUUUUAACUCUAACGACACUGGGACCUUCACCACUGCAAAGAGUUCUACAUUUGACGAUGGGUAUUUGGAAGCUUUGGCCUUAAGACCAUAUUAUACUGACGACUCUUCGCUGAAUAAUGGCACGUAUUCCACGUUGUAUCUGAUGGUCCAGUUGGUUAAUAGCACCACUGGUCAGCCAUUUGAAUCGGAUGGUAGUACAAUUGCAGAUGAUGAUGAGCGGUGGUCGUACCAGAUUUCCAUAUCUCAGCGUGAUCUUGUCUUUCAAUGGGAUAAACGUCCGUGGCUUGAUGUCGUUGACACUGAUUACAAUUCUGCUUUGUUGGUUACUGGUAAUGUCACAGCUAUGUCGAAGACCACAUCUAAUUAUUCGAUCUAUGAUGUCAGCCUUUAUGAUAUAUACAUCUAUGGGUUCGAAUAUGCCGAAUACUUUGAUAAUUUGAACCUAUCUCAUUCCCUUUGUGCCAUUCAGAAUGGGCCUUAUCUAAUUUCAUCGGCUAAUGGCUCAUUGAACGGAACUAAUAAUGGUAAUACAGCAGAAAAUGCAUCUCUAUCUUCUACAACUCUAUCAGUUCAUAAAUCUAUUACGGUACGCGGGGGUAGCGCUAAGGAACAAUUCCAUAUAACUGGCUUAAAUUCGUCAACCACGUACGUUGCAUAUGUCACAAAGAAAUUAGCCACCAGCACAAAGGAAUUGGAAGAUUCUGGUGGUGUUCUAUUUUCUAAGCAAUUAUUUGAGACCAUGGAUGAUUCAUCUUGUUCACUCAUCUUUGGAUUGGGAUUUUGUGAUGGUGUUGCAUAUUCGGUACCAUCCUCGUCUUUACUGGAAUACAACGAUAAGGACGAAUUGGCCGCAAUCUACGAUUCCAUAGCGGAAUCUUAUUAUUCAAACUUCAGUUUAGCGUUGCAAUUGAUCCCCUGCGAUACAGAACAAGAUGCGGUAUAUUCUCCGCUACGAAAGUGCAGCAAUUGCGCAGCGUCAUAUAAGAACUGGCUAUGUUCUGUUAGCAUCCCUCGGUGUACAACUGAUAAAACCAAAUAUUACGUGCAUCGGAGUGCAGAGGAAAGUCGGAAUGAGAUGUUGAACGAACUAAUAAAGCCUUCUUCAGACUAUUACGAGAUCUUACCUUGUGUGGAUACCUGUGUCGCAAUGCUUCGAGAUUGUCCACCAGAUUUUGGGUUCACGUGUCCCAGUUAUACAUCUUAUACUGAUUUGAUGCUCAAUAGUUAUAAUUUCUAUGAAACUGAUCAAAGCUAUUUGACAUGCAAUUUCGUUGGUAACUCAGCUGAUUUGCAAAUCGAGGAUCCCUCCGAAAAGGAUGAUUAG